GCAGAUUGUAUUUGCUUAAAUUGCUACAGUAAUUCAAGGGACAGCCCUGUCUGGACACAGAGGACAAAAAAAAAAGAAAGAAAGAAAAUGGGCUUUUUAAGUCCAAUAUGUGUCAUUUUCUUCUUUUUUGGAGUCAAAGUAUAUUGCCAAUAUGAAACUUAUCAAUGGGAUGAAGACUAUGACCAAGACCUGGAUGAUGAUUACCAAACAGAAUUCCAAUUUCAUCAAAGUGUAGAAUACGGAGUUCCUUUUCAUCAGUAUACUUUAGGCUGUGCCAGUGAAUGCUUCUGUCCAGCUAACUUUCCAUCAUCAAUGUACUGUGACAAUCGCAAACUCAAGACUAUCCCAAAUAUUCCGAUGCACAUUCAACAACUCUACCUUCAGUUCAAUGAAAUCGAGGCUGUGACCACAAAUUCAUUCAUCAAUGCAACUUAUCUUAAAGAAAUUAACCUCAGCCACAAUAAAAUUAAAUCUCAAAAGAUUGAUUAUGGUGUGUUUGCUAAGUUUUCAAAUCUACUACAACUUCAUCUAGAACAUAACAAUUUAGAAGAAUUUCCACUUCCUCUUCCUAAAUCUCUGGAAAGACUCCUUCUUGGUUACAAUGAAAUCUCCACACUGCAGACAAAUGCCAUGGACGGGCUAGUAAACUUGACCAUGCUUGACCUGUGUUAUAAUCAUCUUCAUGAUUCUGUGUUAAAAGACAAAAUCCUUGCCAAAAUGGAAAAAUUAAUGCAGCUAAACCUAUGUAAUAACAGAUUAGAAUCAAUGCCUUCUGGUUUGCCUUCUUCACUUAUGUAUCUAUCUUUAGAAAAUAAUUCAAUUUCUUCUAUACCAGAAAAAUACUUUGACAAACUUCCAAAACUUCAUGCUCUAAGAAUGUCACACAACAAACUGCAAGACAUCCCAUAUAAUAUUUUUAAUAUUUCCAACCUUAUAGAGCUCAACGUUGGACACAACAAAUUGAAGCAAGCAUUCUACAUUCCAAGAAAUCUGGAACACCUAUAUCUAGAAAAUAAUGAAAUAGAAAAGAUCAAUGUUACAAUGAUGUGUCCACCUAUUGACCCGCUACAUCUCCACCAUUUAACAUACCUUCGUGUGGACCAAAAUAAGCUACAAGAACCAAUAAGCUCGUACAUUUUCUUUUGUUUCCCUCAUUUACAUACUAUUUACUAUGGUGAACAAAGAAGCACUCAUGGUCAAACAAUACAACUGAAAACACAGGUUUUCAGGGGAUUUCAAGAUGAGGACGAUGAUAGUGAUGAUCAUGACAAUUCUGAUGGAGCUCACGAAGGCCAAGAAGCAGCAGCAGCAGAAGGGCACUUUGACCCUCAUUAUUAUUAAAUUCAAGAAUGGCAAGAAACUAAACAGGUAUACAUUUAUGACUUCACAAAACUUACUAUUCAAUAUGGUAAAUCUAAACAUGUAUUGCUCAAAGUAAUAUAUUUAGAAUUAUGUAUAAGAUCAGAAUUGAAUUUAAGUUGUUGGUGACAUCUCCAUCACUACAUAGUAUUAGAACUUACUAAAAAUAAUACAAAUCUUCAGAAAUAUAAAGAAACCAUUAAGGUUUCUUAUAUUCUUUUUAAACAUGGAAAUACCAUCAAAUCGGAAAAAAGCGAGUAUGCCAUUUCUAUUAACAGUAAUUUUUCUAAGAAUGAUGAAGGAAGUAGCAGUAGCAGUAGAGACCUAGAAGCCAUGACCUUUUGAUCAUUCUGAGGACAAUAUGUAUUUGAAUGACAGGUCACAUUAAUGUAACAAGAAUUCAUUGAAGGAAUAGUUCUUUUUUUACUUCAUCUCCAGAAGUUUUCACACUUGUACUUUUUUGAUCUCAUCACUAUGACAUCCAUACCCCUGGCUCACCACUUAGAGUAUAGAAUAUUUUUGAUCUUCAAGAGGCGACCCUACCAAGCAUCCAAGGCAUAUAGAUUUAUUAAAUCGACUAAUCUUGUUUUUCUGUCAGAGCACCCAAGUAACAAAAUUAUAAAGCCUAUAUUUAGAUAACUAAAAAAUAACAAAUUAUCUCAUUGUAAUGUGUAUUUUACCAAAUUUUACUAACUGUUCAAAGCAAUCUUUAUUGUGUUCCAUUUUAACUGGGAUAAAUGUUUUUAUAUUACAGUAAAUUCAGAGAAAGGUCUCUUUUAGUAACAUAAAAAUGUGCUAAUAAAUAACUGCUUUGUUUACAAGGUUAAAUUAAUGUUGGUAUUAAUAAAAUAAAGUUCUAUCAAUAUCAUUAGACACCUCUGUUUUCCUAGCACAAUACGUUAGAAACAUAUAUUCUUUUUUUUUUUUU